AACGUAACAUUCCGCAUCCUGGGGGCGGAGAGGUAACAGCAGUUUACUGGCAGUGACCAAAAAACCCCGAAGUGGUGCGGAACCUGCAGAAAAACACUCAAAUAAUUUUGCUAGAGCCCAACUGGAAUUGACACUUUGAUCAGGGGGAUUCGGGUCUGUGCUCCCGAUCCGAGCCAGAGAUGAGCAUCGAGAAGACUGCAUAUGCUCCGGUUGAGGGGGUGCCUUCGCCACCCUCGCUUCCCGGUCAGCCAGCGUUCCCUGCUGGAUUUGGCAUGAAUAUGCCUGGCCAAAACAUGUUCGGAGCCCCUGCUACUGGUGGAGGUUUCCCUGCUCCUACUGGUUUCCUUGGUCCCUCUCCUGGUGAUUUUCCCGGCGCUGGUGGUUUCGCUGCUCCUGGUGGUGUUCCUGCUCCUGGUGGUUUCUCUGCUCCUGGUGGUGUUCCUGCUCCUGGUGGUGUUCCUGCUGCUGGUGGUUUCGCUGCUCCUGGUGGUUUCGCUGCUCCUGGUGGUUUCCCUGCUCCUGGUGGUUUCCCUGCUGCUGGUGGUUUCUCUGCUCCUGGUGGACUCCCUUUCCCCCCACCGACUGCUUUCGGGCCAGGGGUUCCUGGAGCUUUUGGAAUGAACCCCCAAGACGGUCUAGGAUAUGGAGGCAAACCCUCUCCCUCACCACAUUUUCCUCCUGGCCCAGGGUUUAAUGGAAACUUCAAUGAUGAUGUUUACCAUAGCGAGGAAGAGCCACCACCCUUUCAUGAGAAUCAAGACUUUGACUUUGGAUUAGAUAACAAGAGCAUAAGAAGAGCCUUUAUUCGAAAGGUGUUCUUGGUGUUGACUGCUCAGCUGAUGGUGACAUUCGCCUUUGUGGCUGUUUUCACAUUUGUGAAUGAAGUCAAGGUGUUUGUCAUGCUUAACAGCUGGACCUACUUUGUGUCCUAUGUCAUAUUCUUUGUGUCGGUGUGUGUGAUCAGCUGCUGUGGAAGCGUUCGCCGAAGACAUCCUUGGAACCUGGUUGCAUUAUCUGUCCUGACUCUCAGCAUGUCCUACAUGGUGGGAAUGAUCGCCAGCUUCCAUGACACUGAUACAGUUGUCAUGGCAGUGGGAAUCACAGCAGUCGUGUGCUUCACUGUGGUUAUCUUCUCCCUGCAGACCAAGUACGACUUCACUUCCUGUUAUGGGGUGCUUUUCGUCUGCCUAAUUGUCCUCUUCAUCUUCGGCAUCCUCUGCAUCUUCAUUCGUGACAGGAUUUUGCACAUUGUGUACUCUGGACUGGGAGCGUUGCUCUUCACCUGUUUCCUGGCGGUGGACACGCAGCUGCUGCUUGGCAACAAGGAAUUGGCCCUGAGUCCAGAGGAAUAUAUCUUUGCUGCUCUCAACCUGUACAUGGACAUCGUUAACAUCUUCCUCUAUAUUCUUGCUAUCAUUGGAAGAGCAAGGGGAAGCUGAGCUGGAGGAACAACAGUGUAAAAUUCUGACGGAAAAUUGCCUUGAGUUUGUGUCUAGUAGUGAUUUACCUAUAUCCUGAUUUAAAUUUUGUCUUGUAGUGUACUUUGAUCACAUAGCUUGAACAUCGUUUUGCUUCACCCAAUGAAAAGGUUUUUUUUAUAUAUAUAUAUAGAUUGUCUUUGUUGUAGUUUGUUGUCAUUGACAUUUUAUGAGCUGUGUAACGUGUGAUACUAAACUUGAUUUUAUAUUUAGAAAAUAAUUGAAAUCAAAUCAAAAGGUACAAGUAUUUGGCUCUAGCUUUUUCAAAAGCAUUCAACUCCAUCACACAGCCUUGGUCCGCAGAAGGAGUUUAAUAAAAAUAUUGUUAUUAUGUGGUUAAAACUUUGGAAAAAGAUAGUAAAGUGGACUUUGAGUUGUGAUUAUUUGUCAAAUACAUUUUUCCAGGGUUGAAUUCACCAGUAUAACCUAUAAGCCAGCAGGAAUAAGACAAGCUAUAAAAAAGGGAGUGUAUGAAAACAUACCAGUUGCUUAACUUGCAUGUCAAAAGAUGUGUCACCAUGGCAACUGAGUAAAAGCUGCUGGAAAAGUAAAGCUUUAGAUAAUGGUGUUCAUCAGACCCUGGGUUUUUGUGAAACUAAGAUACAAAAUAACCUGUAAUGCUAUGUAUAAAGUUAUUUUAUAAACCUGA